AUGUCGUGGGUGCCACCGAAUCUAGCCAGUCAAUGCGUCAAUCACACCACACUGAAAACGUGUCAGCCGGCAGCCUUUGUGUACCUAGCGCUAGUGACUCGGCUGUUUGGUUAUUCCAAAGACUCCUGUUAUGAUUCCAAUUCUCCGAGUUCAUCCUGCAAAUUCGAUUACACCGCAGAACCGAUAAAGGCGAGGUACGGCCAAGGGUAUUUCGGAAACCUGAGACAGGAUGAUACCCGCAGCUAUAAAACGGACGUGUCAUCCCUGCCAUAUGAUCCUGAGUCGGAGAAAUUAUCGAACGUUUACGGUUCAGGGUUUCUUUGUAGUCACGGAUUUUUAACGCGUGCCAAAGAUGAAAGCGACGAAAUCGAGGCAUUAAACGACGGAACGUCGAAAGUCAAUUCACCAUGGAUUUACGACUACCAUUUGCGAAAGAGAACCGCAAGUCAACCGAUCCCCACUCUGACUUCAGUUGACGAUGGCUUUCGUGCCGAGCAAGGGAAAACGUAUAUUCAUCCCGAACAGACAGAUCUGAGUCGCGAUUCAAACACACUUCCAUAUGAAUCGGAAUAUCAGAACCAACUAAUCCAACAAGGUCGAAAUAUACGAACAUCGCAAGGAGUUAUUGACGACCUAUUAGUCAGACAAACUCGUCAUACGAUUUCUUCGUACGAUAGCUGGAAAAGGGCCAACAACUUUGAACAUUACAUCGAUUCCUUUGAUCCGACGAAAAUCGCGAACACUGGUCCAACUAUCAAUUUUCCCGAGGCAACGAACUUGCCAACGGAAGAGUAUGAUUUCAUUAUCGUUGGAGCUGGAUCGGCCGGAUGCGUCGUUGCGAACAGGCUAAGCGAAGUAAAACAUUGGAAGAUACUUUUAUUGGAAGCAGGCAUAGAAGAGCCAGUGGUAGCCGAAGUUCCGGGCUACUUCAAUAUUUUGAGGGAGAGCAACAUCGAUUGGGCGUAUCGCACGCAACCGGAGCAGAACUCUUGUCGAUCGAGACCGGGCGGAGGCUGUGCGUGGCCAAGGGGAAAAGUGAUGGGUGGUUCUAGCACUAUUAAUGGGCUGGUUUACAUUCGCGGUAAUCGAAGAGACUACGACGAAUGGGCUGAAGAAGGGAACUAUGGAUGGAGCUACGGAGAAGUUUUGCCGUACUUUCUUAAAUCAGAGAAUAACAAGGAUUCAGAGAUCGUGAAAGAGAAUCCCCACUUCCACAACAGAGGAGGCUACCAAACGGUCGAACGGAAUCCAUACCUGGACAUCAACGCAGAGAUAAUCUUAAGCGCAUUUCAGGAACUCGGCUACGAACAGGUGGAUGUCAACGCAGGACGGCAGCUGGGCGUGAUGAACGCACAAUUGACCACGAACAACGGAGUACGUCAAAGCACGAACGACGCGUUCAUCAGACCAAUCAGAGACAAGCGGAGGAACCUGAAGAUCGAAACUCAGGCUUACGUCACGAGACUGCUGAUCAAUGGCGCGACAAAAAGCGUGAUAGGCGUCCAGUACACUUCAACCGCCACAGGAUUAACCAAGUCGGUGUUCGUUAGAAGAGAGGUGAUCUUGUCAGCUGGGACGAUCAAUUCACCACAGAUUCUGAUGCUCUCUGGCAUAGGUCCAAGAGAAGAGCUGAGUAAACAUGGGAUCAAAGUGGUCAGCGACCUGUCGGUUGGGAAAAACCUUCACGACCACCCGAGUAUUUCAGAUUUGGUAAUAAUUCUGAAUCAUACUUCUACGAGGAAGGAUAGCGAAAUGACUAUUGGUGACAUCUUCUAUUACAAAGAGACUCACAAAGGACCUCUGAUUAGUAUUGGACCCCUCACGUUUAACGCCUUCACGCAGACCUCGUUCGAAAUCAAGCACGGCGUACCGGACAUGCAGUACGUUUUUGAAGCCGCCAAUCUGAUGAACUAUCUGCAAGACAAUGCAUGGGCAGCAGAAGUCACCGACGUACGUCUGCCUUAUUACGACGCGGUGUACAUGAAACCAAUACUAAUAUCACCUGAAAGCAGAGGAUUCUUGUUGCUGAACGACUCUUAUCCCGUAUGGGGCUCUCCACUGUUAUAUCCCAGGUACUUCGCAAAUCCACUUGACGUGGAGAGAUUCGUCGAAGGAAUAGAAAUUGUUCUAAAGUUGUUCCAAACGAUGUCGUUUCGGAAAAACGGCUUUAGACUGCUCGAAAAAUCUGUGCCCGCGUGCGAACACCUUGUGUUCGGCACAAGGGACUAUUGGAGAUGCAUGAUUAUGGAGUACACGACGACGUUAUAUCAUCCAGUAGGUACAUGCAAAAUGGGACCGCAAUGGGAUCCGGAUGCGGUGGUGGAUCCAAGACUGAGGGUCUACGGGGUCUCUGGUCUGAGGAUCAUAGAUGCCUCGAUAAUGCCGAAGGUCGUUAGGGGAAACACGAAUGCGGCUACUCUCAUGAUCGCGGAAAAGGGCAGCGAUAUGAUUAAAGAGGAAUGGUCAUUAGCCUAUUAUCGCGACGAUUUACAGCUUUUAGAAUGUACAGAUACAGUUGGAGCAUGA